AUGCAAGUAUCAAGAAGAUACACAGAUUUGUAUUCUGAAGAAUUUGUUUGUAAUCUUAGUGAUAGUGUUAAUUUAAACAUUGAUUUAGUUAUUGAUAAUAUUAAAGAAUACUUUAAUUUUGAAGUUAAAGAGUUAAGACACCAUAUAGAAUAUUCUAUAGUGCAUUUAAAUAAUAAUAUAAACAAUGCCGCAUCCAACAUAUCACAAGACAAUGUAGCUGAAGCACAUAACAUAAACAAAGCAGAAUAUAGCCAUUCUUUAGAGGUUUCUGGUGUGACCCCAUUAGAAUUAAAUGAACAUUCACAAAAGGCUACAUAUCAAAUGAUAGGUAUGACUCCUAAAGAUUUUAUCACAGAUCAUGGUGCUAUUGAAUUAGAUUUCAAAGCACUCCAAGAAAGAUUCAAGUUAUAUUGCCAAGAUUAUAUGGAAGAAAUAACUUUAAAUACUAAAUCUCUUGCAGUAGAUUUUUGUGCUAAAGUAGUUUAUUAUGUAGGUCCUGAAUCAAGAUCAGUUAAGAAAACAACUGGUGACAAAUAUUGGAGAUUUAAAUUUCCUUUCACUAAGGAUGGUUUGACUGAUAGAUCUAAAAUCAGCAAGGUAGUAUUUGUUGCCACAUAUAAAAGUGAAAAAACUGAUGUCAAAGAUACAACAGAGAAAAACAAAUUGAUUCUAACUGUAAAGCAAGCCAGUCUGUUAGCAAUGGACACUUUUGAUAAAUUGGCUGUCAUUGCCUAUAAUAUGAGUAUUCCAAAGUCAUUAUUUACACCUUUAGCUGGUGCAAUAUUUUCUAAAAAUGACUUAUGGUCUAUGUCUAAAGAAUUAUCAAGUUAUUUUAAAAAGACUUAUACUGAAUCAGAGGUUUUGACAAUGAUAAAUAAUAGCUGUCAAUCUAAUGGACAUCAUCUAGGAAAUUCUAAUGCAGCCAUAGCUUUAGUAUCAGCUUGUGUAGCAACUAGGAACAUAAAAGAUGAUAAAGUCAAGUUCUCAAUUAUAUCCAAAAUUGGUAAACAAUAUGUUAAAAAAGGAAAGAAUUUUAAUGAAUUUACUUUUGACAUUUUUUCAAAAUAUGCAACUGGUGGUGUGCCAUCAAACAUGGAACCUAAGAAAUUAUUAGCAAGGUUAGAAGAAGUACAAAUAAGUACUAGACAGGCAGCAAUUGCAUCAAAGAAUACUGCAUUGUCAUCAACCAUAGAAGUUCCAGUUAUAUGGAAGAAGCCUCUCGGUGCAAGUGAUUGCUACUUUUGCACUACAAAUGUUGAGACUGCGGGCCGAACCCAUAAGGACAAAACUUCGUAUUCUUCUGUAUCAAGUGUGCAACAACCAGUUGCAAACUUGAUAAAAGGUUCAGAAGAUGAUACGUCACAAGACAGCCUGACCAGUGGAUUCGAUACAAUGGAAGUCGACGUCGAUCCUGAGAAUGAAGCUGUUAAUGACGAAGAGUCAGUGAACCUUUGGCUUUCCGUAAAUAUUUUGAAAAAGAGGAAGAUUUGCUUUAUUGCACUGAUGUGA